ACGCUUUUCUGCUCUCUUUUACUAGUCACACUGUAUUACAAAGCACUUGUGCUGAAAAUGUUCCAGUUUCGAAUGGUGAUUCUCACCUCCUCAUGACAACUCAGACUCCUCAGGCAGUUAUGAGUUCAUUCAGGGAUGCAUUCUGGGGGCCUACAGGGUUUGAAGAGCUACGUCGCCUUUUGAAGCAGGGCGCUGAUUUUUCUAAGGAAGUGGUCAGCAUAUUGCAGGAGCGGUCCGAGUUGGAAGCUGUGCAUGCUAAGAGCUUGGCAAAGCUCUCUCAGCGCCUUGCCAGGGCAGCCAGGGAUGCCAUUGGCACAAGUGCCACAGCUUGGCAGGAAGUGGCCACACAGUUGGAACGGGAGGCCCAGCUUCACAGAGGUCUGUCGCGAGGCCUGUCGGAGGGAGUGUGUGGGCCUCUGCGAGCCUCCUGCGAGGCCCAGGCAGGACGGCGCAAGGCUCUCGAGGCAGCUGUGGAGCGCCGUGCACGUGCCGUGCGGGAUCGUCGUGCCCUUCAGGAUCGGACCAAGCGCCACGCCUACCAUUGUGCCCGGAUCAAUGAGCAGGCCCAAGGGCGGGUGCUCGAACCCCGCUCGCAUCGGGGCAUGCGCCUCCUCACUGAUAGAGACCUCCACAAGCUGGAGAGCAAGCGGCGCAAGGCGGAGAAUGCUCUGACCAAGGCCGAGGGCGAAUAUUACGGCGCGUGCAUGUCGGCUGAGCAGGCACGGCAGGAGUGGGAGACGCUGCUGUUCCAGACUGCCGGCUGGCUGCAGGCUCUGGAGCAGGAGCGCCUGGAGGCACUGCACGCAGCAUUGUCACGAUAUGCCCAGCACUUGUUGCACAAAGCCCCACAAGCGCUGCAGUGUGCUGAGUGUGUGCAGGCACAGACAGCCCAUGUGGAUGCCAAGCAGGACAUUGAGGAGGCUGUGCGCCUUAGAGCCACUGCACCCAACGUGCCUGAGCAGCUGCUACCAGAUUUCUAUGCGGAGGAUCUGUCAAGUCCCAUGCAGCCCCAGAGGCGCAAAGAGGCCCUUGAGAGGCUGCUACAGCUGCUACAAAAGGACCUUGACACAGAGCGGCGAGGAAAACAAGGUGUGGAGUCUUUAGCCCAGGCUUUCAGGGAAUCUCCUCGCUUUGGUGAUGAGGAGGCCCAGCUACGUGUCCAAGAGAAGCUCCAACAGCUGCGGCAAAGCCUGGCAUUUUUGGAGGCAUCGCGCCACAAGGUGCAGUGCUGUCUGGCAGGCCUGGAGGGUCAACCAAGGCCACCACAUCCACUGGCUCCACAUUUAGAGCAGCGCAGGGACCGACAGGGUUUGGCGCAGACAGUGCUUAAGAUUCCACCCUGGCUACAGCGGCGUUCCUCAAGUGCCGAGGAGUGGGACCGUGGGGCAGCCGACGGGGGUGCCGAAGUCCCCGUGUCCCUUGAGACUGAGCAGGAAGAAGAAGAGCAGCCAUAUGCUAAUGUGCUGCCCUCACAGUGCCGAGCGUUGUACGACUACCAGGCCACCAUGGAUGAUGAGCUCAGCCUGCGCUCAGGUGACCUGGUGACAGUGCAUAGCCGUGCUGAAGAUGGCUGGUGGCACGGCGAGAAAGAUGGCCACUGGGGCGUCUUUCCUGCCAGCUACGUCCAGGAGCUUGGUCCAAAGCCCGGAUAGAGAGUCAACGACAUCUUUUGAUUGAACACUUUCAACAUUUGGUGCCACAUGGAGCUGUAUGUUUAUUUCCUCGCUUAUUGCAAUGCUGCUCAAGCAGACGUCAUGAAAGGCACUUGUGAGCAGGUGCACUUAUGUCACUGUGGAAUUCACUCUGAAAGAUGAUUGUCCCUACAGACAAGCGUUGCAUAAGUGCUGACAAAAACUGCGUGGUUCCAACCCAGUGUGUUCUUCACGAGAACUGAAGAUAUCAAUGUUCCACGAGAGUGUUGAUCCAGGCAAAGAUGUUUGUCUCGAACAGCAUGUCAGCCAUGCUUUACAACCCUGAUGUUUUCCCUCAGUGGCCACUCACUGCACAACCUACAGCACGAGUUACUCCAUGCUGCUCAUCAGCAGCAGAGCUAGACUUCUGUGUCUUCCAGUCAUCCUUUAGUACCAUGACUGAGUUCAAUAACUCACAAGUGACAGAUUGGAAAGAUGGGCCCUGAUGACCACAGACAUGUAAAAUACACUUUUCACCACCAAUGCUGCAGUUUACCAUUUUUGGGUAGCUGCAUGUCUGACAAGAUAUAUCUAAGUCCGUUUUUGUGCAAUUUAGAGCUUGUAUCAUAACAUGGACAAAUUAAAGACCGUCUUAUGGUGUUUGGGCCAAA